UUAUUUUCAAGCCAAAAAUAAUUUCCAUUUUUAGGUAGUGUUAGGUUUAGACUUGGUAUUCAGUUUAAGUGAAAGAGUUUUGUUUAUUCGGCAAUGAAGAUUGAUGUAUUUUGGGUUCUGUUGUUUCUGGUGGUCGCUGUAAAUUGUAAGGAAUGCUCGCAUACGUCACCAUGUACACCACUUCGCGGUGGUGGUGUAUUUAAAGAACCGACUCAGUUUCGGUCAACAAAUGGACAACUGGACGCUGAGCUAAUAGUGGACAUUUACAACUUUACCGUGGAUUGGCUGACUGUACAAAGACGUCUCUACAACGGGGAAUUCCCAGGUCCCACCUUCACCGUUAAGCAGGGCGACAUUUUUAAUCUUAAAUUGAACAACAAGCUGCAACAACCAGACUACAGAACUAACGAAGAGAAUGUUUACAGAUUUCCAAACUCAACCAAUAUUCAUACACACGGCUUACACAUUAGCAGUAAGGUGCCCCAAGACAACCCAUUUCUCAAGGUACCUCCAAAUUCGACUUAUGAUUAUGUGUUCGAUAUUAAAACCGACCAUCCAGCUGGAACAUACUGGUAUCAUCCGCAUUUACAUGGAAGUAUACAUUUUCAGAACAUCGGUGGUCUGGGGGGUAUGCUGAUUGUUGAAGACGACCCAUCAUUAAUGUCAACAGAACUUGCAUCUGUGUCCUGCCCGGAUAACUGUGAACACGACGUACAGAUCCUCCUGCAAACAUUUCAAUACAAUUCAGACGAAGAUAGCGGUUACUCAAUCCUACAGAGAGAAAUUCACGACUAUGAAGGGUUCAGAUUAAACAAGAUAAAUGUUACAAACUCUUCCCAAAACCUUGAAGAAUGGUUGGAGGAUUCUUCCAGCAACAUCAAGUAUAUGCUGGUGAAUGGUAUGUUGAAUCCUACUAUGGAAAUGGCACAAGGUCAAAUGAAACGGUUCAGAAUAAUCGACACGGGCGGCUUGUACGCGGUCGCUCUCCACAUCGAUAACGUUGAUCCAAACGGAGCAUCAUGCACGGUGAAAGAAAUAGCAAUGGAUGGAGUUUACCUUGAUCAACCCAGAGAUCCCUGGCUUGGUCGAAGUUUUCUUGUAGCAGCAGGGAGGGUGGAUUGGUUGGUUAUUUGUCCGGAAAGUGGAACGUAUGAGCUGCGAUCGACUUUUCACACUGUUGACCACGACUCCCUGGGUGAGCACCCUAGUUUUAAUGGAACUUUAAUGACCCUCAACGUCACUGGGACAAAUCAACGCAAUUCGACACUCCCUACCGCCCUUCCUCAACGUCCUGAUUUUGUUUCUGACCUCCGCAACGUGGCGCAAGAGAGUGUGAAAAGCAAGUACGUGGUGGAGGUGACGCCAACAGACACUCUGAACAGAGAAGAUUAUUCCGGGGUUUAUUACAGGUACAGAGCAGAAGUAGACACCGUCCAGGAAUGGUAUUUCACAAAUACUGAAAUCUUUACAUCCCACCCCAUACAUAUGCAUGUUAACCAUGUACAGGUGAUAAGUUACAAUCCUUAUACUGGACCGUACGGUGUAGACGACGGAGCUGGGAAAUGGAAGUUUUUCAAUCAAUCAGGCAACGUUUGCACCCACCAGUUUAAAGGUUACGAUGAAACUGUGGCAAUAUCGCCACCUAACGACGCACUGAAAUACCUUGGGCAUGACACACGACAAGCUAUCAGUGGUGUAAAUACAUUGGGUUAUACUCAAAUCGGGGAUUGGAAAGACACCGUUCUUAUUCCGCCUCUUGGAAAUAUAACGGUUCGAUUUAAGACUGACAGCUUCACUGGUGAUGUAACGGUUCAUUGUCACUUGCAAGGGGACGCGGACCAGGGAAUGGUGAUGGUGUUCGAGAUAGUGGAGCAAGGACAAAGUCUGGAAGCAAAUAUUCCAUCGAAUGGAUCUUACCCGUGGGCGUGCAUGACAAAUAAUCCAAUAGGCCAGACAUCUGGAAAUGGAAAAGCAAUGAAUCCUUACAGAUUGGAUUGACCAAUAAGCACCCGGACCUCAUGUACCACCUGUUCUGCAGUAAAAUUUUAAAUGUUUUUUUGUUAAUAGAUUCUACAUGCUCCUGCUGGUGUUACUAACACUGCUGCUUGUUCAGUAAACUGACGCUUAAUGGAUUUCAAAUUGUUUCUGAUAAAGACGCUUCGCAGUUAACUUUUCAUGGUAUUUAACAGCUUAAUAAUAAUGCCUGCCGUUA